CAAUCCCCACUCCCUAAUCCAAUCCUUCACUCUUCACUCUCUUUGAGUUUCAAACACAAUGGAAGCUGUCACUAUUGCUUCCCAUUUCUCACCGGCUACCGGAAUCCGGCUAUCAUCUCCGGCGUGUUGCCGUGCCUCAGCUCCCAAACGGACUCUCAGAUUUUCUCCUCCUACGAAAUCUUCUCUAUCGACAAGCUUUAUCUCCCCCUUCGUCGGCGGCAGUCUAUUCUCGGACUUAUCGGGUCAGAGAAUUCGACCCGAUUCUCUUUACCCUUCUUCCUCAACUGGCUUUAUCCCCAAACGUGCCGUUGUCACUAUGGUUAUUCCUUUCUCAGGGGACCCAUCGCAGGAACAUCCUCCAGAUUUAGCAUCUUACUUGUUUAAGAAUCGAAUCGUUUACUUGGGCAUGUCUCUAGUUCCAUCAGUGACGGAAUUGAUUCUAGCUGAAUUUCUUUAUCUUCAGUAUGAGGACGAGGAUAAGCCAAUCUAUCUUUAUAUAAAUUCUACUGGGACUACCAAGGGUGGUGAAAAGUUGGGUUAUGAGACAGAGGCGUUUGCUGUAUAUGACGUUAUGAGUUAUGUCAAGCCACCUAUAUUUACUCUCUGUGUUGGGAAUGCAUGGGGAGAAGCUGCCUUGCUUUUAGCAGCUGGUGCAAAAGGAAAUCGUGCUGCACUGCCUUCAUCUACAAUUAUGAUUAAGCAGCCAAUUGCUCAGUUUCAGGGUCAAGCAACAGAUGUUGAGCUCAUGCGGAAAGAAGUAAAUAAUGUCAAAGCGGAAUUGGUGAAAUUGUAUUCAAAGAAUACUGGAAAAUCACCUGAGGAGAUUGAAGAAGACAUAAGACGUCCAAAAUACUUUAGUCCUAGUGAAGCAGUAGAAUAUGGAAUUAUUGAUAAGGUUCUAUACAAUGAGAGGGGAAAUAAAGAUAGAGGAAUUGUAUCUGAUCUGAAGAAGGCCCAACUUAUCUGAAAGGAGUCAAAAGUCUCAUCAGCCAUGAAACCACAGGGAUUGAGUCCCAGGGUGGCGUUUGGCAUCUACCUUUCACCGGCAAUUCAUCAACAAGGCUAUUUCUCAUCAUGAACGCUCCCUUUAAUCUACAGAUUGCCUCAAACUUUAUUAGAGGCCACCAGUUGGGACAGCUAUUCUACUUGUUUUAUACGAUCCUAGUCACUUGGAUUCUGCAUUCUGUGUUGGCUCAACGGAGUAGCUUAUAGAACACGUGUAAAGUUUGCAACUAUUUUAGAAUGUUUAGUUCUUAAGAUGUACCAACAUGUCAUUAAAAUAUUCUAACUGCAAGUCUUUACACCAAUUUGUUAAGUGGAGAUCUCAGAUAUGGUGAAAACAAUUAGACCCAAUAUGUGUUUAUUGAAUGAUAAAGCAUCACAACUACUUAGUUCA